GCCAGAUUUUGAAAGCACACCCUGCUCCUCUUUUUAUCCUUUCCAUGGUCUCCAAUGGAUUGAGUCAGUACCCCGCGCCAGUAGGUGGAGCGUCCCUCCUUCUGACAUUCAAAGGUCCCAGAAACACCAUCCUUAUUAUUGGCGGUGAUGUCCUGGCCGCCUCUAGGGCAUUUGCGGCACUCGAGGCAGGUAUGCAAGUGAUCAUACUCGCUAGAGGGUCAGUAUGUGACGAGCUGAGAUGGAGAGCGGACCAACAGCAAGUAAACCUCACAGACUGGGACAUGCUUCCCUCUGUGUCUACUUCCCCACUUCCCUCAGUUCCCGAAGAGUCCUUCUCUGCAUUCCUCGCCGAAAACCCAUCUAUAUCUCUUAUCUGCAUCACCAUACACACGGCGGACACACCCGCACUUGCACGUAUCUGUCAUGCACAUAACAUCCCCGUAAACGUUACCGACCAUCCUGCACUAUGCGACUUCUCCUUUGCAUCCACGCACCGUUUCGCUGACCCAUCUACAAGCGGGCAGAGUGCGCUACAAGUGGGUGUGACAACCAAUGGGGAGGGAUGCAGGCUCGCGGGGCGUGUUAGACGAGAGAUUGUCAGCAUGCUUCCAAAAGACAUUGCCGGAGCUGUCAGACAGGUCGGAAAACUUCGACGUUUGGCUAAGAAUACAGAUGACGAGGUCGGAGAGUGUGAAGAAGGUGAGAACAGUAGUGUCACCACUCCUAACAGGCCCGUACCUGGUUGGAGAAGCAGUGCCACCGAAAGCAAAGACGAGUCCUCCCACCGCCGCAUGAAAUGGGUUGCUCAGGUCAGCGAGUAUUGGGCUAUCACACGGUUGGCAUCCAUGUCAGAAGACGACAUGAAGCUCAUAUUAUCCGGCGACUCUUCCCAAACGACCUCACCAUGCUCAGUUCAGGUUCCAAACGAGAAUUCACUACAUAACUUGACACUUUUACCGCCUCCAAAGAAAGGCCGUAUUCUCCUCGUUGGUUCCGGCCCAGGACAUCCCUCCCUUCUCACCAUUGCAACUCAUAAUGCGCUUACGAAACACGCAGAUCUUGUUCUCUCGGACAAGCUCGUUCCCGCUGCUGUACUGGCUCUCAUACCUGAAACUGUCGAUGUGCGCAUUGCACGCAAAUUCCCUGGCAAUGCCGAAGGCGCGCAGUCAGAGAUGAUGGACGCAGCCGUCGAAGCUGCUCGACGUGGCCUCACUGUCGUCAGACUGAAACAAGGAGACCCAGUCGUCUACGGCCGUGCAGGGGAGGAAGUACUCUUCUUCCGAGCACACGGGUUCGAACCGCUCGUUGUCCCGGGCGUUUCGUCUGCACUUGCAGCGCCUAUUUUCGCUGGAAUCCCAGUCACGCAGCGUGGCGUUGCAGAAAGUGUCGUUGUGUGUACCGGAGUCGGGCGACAGGGCAAGGAGGUCAAGCUUCCUGGUUACGAACGCUCGCGGACUGUGCUCAUCCUCAUGGGCGUCGCCCGCAUAGCGCAGGUUGUUGACGCUAUGAUUCGCAACGACAGUGACAGUAGGGAAGGCCUGCAGAAUAGUGAAGGGAGACGAGAGGGGCAUCCAUACCCUCGGAACACGCCUAUUGCCAUUAUCGAGCGCGGCUCGAUGCCUGAUCAACGGGUAGUCGCAAGUACGCUUGGAGAUAUAUGUGAAGCGUUGGAUGUUGCGGGAGAGCAAAGACCUCCGGGUAUGAUGGUUGUUGGAUGGGCUGUAUUGGCACUGCAAGGCGCUGGUGACACAAGUGUGUUGGAAGAGGGGGAGGAACGAGAUGAAGAGAGGAUAAGAAAGUGGUUAGGGGGAUGCAGGUGGGUCAUGCGAGAAGGAAUCGAUCAGGGCUGGGCGGAGGUAUAGUUUAGGUCUGUAAUUCAUCAUUAGCAUCCAUUGCUUGAUCUGCAGGAACUUUUGUUGACAUACGAGGAGUCGUGUAAGUUGUGCUUACUGGUAUUUAAAUUAGAUGAUAGUGUCACUCUAGAGCUCGGACUCGCUCAAAUAUCGACUUGAUUGAUGUGAGAC